AGUUCAAAGUUCAAAAUCUGGAGACGGUGGACUCUGAUUUCAACAGUGGGAGAGGCUAUAUAUACACUUCCGGCAACGUUGUGAGUACAAACUACGAAGAACACCAACGAGUAACAGUAUUGGACGGAUUGUGUAUAAAUACUCCGGCCUGUAUUCACAUACUCUGUCAACAGCAUUUGAACGCCUGUCUAUCAUCCCCAGCUACAAAGUCCAAGCAUACCUGAAGUCGACAUGCAACUGAAAGAUAAAGUAGUGUUCAUCACCGGCGGUGCACAGGGAUUCGGGAGGGGCGUGGCUGAAGCAGUAUUGAAGAAAGGGGGAAAGGUUUGUCUCGCAGAUGUCAAGAGGGAUCAAGGGGAGGCAACUGCCAAGGAACUUCAAACUUCUAGUGGAGCUGAUAAUGUCUUCUUUGUGAAAUGUGACGUGACGAAUGUUGCUGAAUUUGAGGAUGCUUUCAAAGCUGCCGUCUCGAAAUUUGGCCAUGUCGAUGUAAUGUGCAACAAUGCAGGCAUCAUGGAUGAACGGAUAUGGGAAAAACAGCUGGAAAUCAACUUCACUGCUGUUGUGCGGGGGACCAUGAUGGCGCUGAAUCACAUGAGGAAGGAUAAAGGGGGUAGAGGCGGCGUCAUCAUCAACACUGCGUCAAUGGCAGGUUUGAUGCCCACGUACUGGUUUCCUGUUUAUGGAGCAAGUAAGAGCGCUGUUUAUCAUUUCACGUCGAGUUGGGCACAAAACCCUGAAAUGAAGGCUGCCGAAGUUCGACUGGCCAGUAUCUGCCCUGCCGGUGCUAAGACGGCUCUUCUGGACUUAGAUGACGACCAGAUCAUACAUCAUGGACACUUUAAGCAGGUUAUGGAAACUGCCGAGUACUGCACGGUAGACCAGGUGGUUAGCGCAUUCCUGAUGGCAAUGGAGGACGACACCAUCAACGGCACAGCCCUCACAAUCAGAGCCAAAGAAGGUGUGGUGAAGAUGAAGUUGAGCUUGGUUCCGGUGGAGUAAUAGCACGGCACGUCCGAUAUGAAGUAGUCCCAAAAAGUGUCCUUUCUUUAAACUUAGCGAAAUAUUGAAAGCUAUCACAUUUGAUAUUCAGAUACUUAGUCCUUCAGUGAACAGAAACGAAGAUGACGCGUCUCUUAAAGUUUCCUUUAAUCGUAGCAGUUUGUUAGAAUUACAUCAAUUAUGCAGACAAAGCAGUUCGAACCAAAAGAAUAUAUCAGACGAUGGGUCCAAAUCAUCUACCUUAUUUGUCAAAAGGCAAACUGCACCCCAGCUAUGGGAGAUAUGAGUGAUCGUUGAUAUUUUGUUAAUAAAACAUAUGACUACA